AUGGCAAAAAAAGAUUUAUUCAAGUACAUCAUUCAGUUCUUUGAAAUUUCACUAGUUUCACUUCAUUUACUGGAAUAUUCGCAAUGUUUGACCAUGACCUUCGUAGCUACGACCUGAAGGUAGAACUUGCAAAAUGCUUCAAUGGUAAUGGAAUCGUUUAUUUAGGUCAACAUACUCCUUCGAAAGAGCAUGUAGCAAUCAAGAAGUUUCUAAUGGAGAACAUACGAAAUGAUUUUAAUCUCAUCAUGGAAGAAGCUAAACAUAUGCGCGAAUUCGAUCAUCCAAACAUUCUCAGCUACUAUACGGCGUUUGUUCAUACUUUAGACUUAUACUUUAUAUUACCAUUGAUGUGUUAUGGUUCCUGCCGAGAUACGAUGAGCAAUUACUUUGAGACUGGAUUUCCCGAAACGCUUUUAGUUUGCAUUCUGCGAGACGUCACCAAUGGAUUAGAAUAUCUACAUCGAAAAGGUUACAUCCAUCGGUCCAUCCGAGCUAGCCACAUAUUCCUGAACGAAUCGAGAGCGAUUAUUGGUGGGUUUCGGGUGUGCACCAACAUCCUCGUUGAGGGAAAACGCGUGAAAAACCUUCACGAACUUCCACCUCAUUCAACUAAAAGUCUAAAUUGGUUAGCACCUGAAGUGUUAGCUCAAAAUUUACUGGGAUACACGGAAAAAUCUGAUAUCUAUAGCUUAGGAAUCACGACCUGUGAACUAGCAAACGGAGUGGAACCAUUCAGCAAUUUUCAAACUACACUGAUGCUGACGGAAAAGAUGCGCGGCUAUCAGCCACUACUGUUAGAUAGCUCCACUAUUCCGAGCGAUGAGGUUUUCGCCCAAGCCAUGGAGUCCGGUGUAGGAGACAGCGGUUCUACUCAAACAAGACAAAUUUACUCACGUCGGCAAUUUACGGAUGCUCUGCACAAGUUUACCGAGCUUUGCCUGAUUUCGAAUCCAGCUGAGCGAUCGAGCGCGAUAGACCUACUGAGUCAUCCAGUUUUCAAGCAGUGCAGGUCCACCAGCAUUCGGGAACAGUUUGCAGCAUGCGGCAUUGAGACAGCCGACUUUAAUACCAUCAAAGGUAAGGUUGCUAAUGCAAAAGCGGCAGCAGUUAUGGUAAAACUUUGUAUCGAGAUCAUUUUUGAUGAUUUUUUUAUUAAAAGUGUGGUGGUCGAUAGGAUCAAAGCAACCGCAACCCGUUUCUGUAAGAUAAACUCUAGAUACCUACUGGUUUUUAAUACCUUGGUAAAAAUACCUAGUUAUUGAAAAACUCGUGUUCAAACUUUUAAUAGAUUUUUCUUAAUUUCUUUUUUGUUAAAUGGGACAGUUCUGCUUCGAGCAGCAAUGCAUGCAGUAACAAAAAAUAUUAGACCUUCAAAAUAAAUUAUAAAAUUUCUAUGAAAACAUUCCUUCUGUUUUUGAAGGGUUUAAAUGUUUUCAGUACUUUUCGUCGUAUAAAACAAAACUAAACCAAAUUUUGUUUUAAGAACUUCUUAAAAAUUAAUUAUUAUAAUUGAGUUCAUAGUUCGUUGAUGGCAAAAAUGAAACGGAUUUCGGUUACUAACUUGUGGUACUCUAGAAAUGUUUAGUACAAAUAGAUCAAAA